AGCUGCAAGAACCACAUCACAAACAAUCUUUCCAAUGGCAAAAUCCAAUCAUGUUCUAUCCCUCAAGCUAUCUCUCACCCUUCUUAGUCUUCUCAUUGUAGCUGCCACGACCAAUGGUUUAGAUACUCCUUCGUCCAAAACCUGGCGUCCCUGGCCCUUCAAGAAACUCAACAAACCGGUGGUUUUAAUGAUUUCUAGCGAUGGUUUCCGGUUCGGUUACCAGUUUAAAACCGACACACCAAACAUAGACCUUCUCAUAUCCGAAGGAACCGAAGCCAAACUCGGUUUAAUCCCGGUUUUCCCCACCAUGACAUUCCCAAACCAUUACGCGAUCGCAACUGGACUCUACCCUGCUUACCACGGUAUCAUCAUGAACAAGUUCACUGAUCCGAUAUCCGGAGAAGUGUUCAACAAAGGCCUAGACCCGAAAUGGUGGUUAGGUGAGCCGUUGUGGGUAACCGCAACAAACCAAGGUCGCAAGGCUCUGACUUACUUUUGGCCAGGCUCUGAGGUUCCCAAAGAUUCUUGGACUUGCCCUAAAGGGUUGUGUCCACAUUUCAACCUUUCGGUUCCAUUCGAAGAAAGGGUCGAUACGAUCUUGAACCAAUUCGAUCUCCCUGAGGAAGACAUCCCUGACUUGAUGAUGCUGUACUUCAAUGAGCCUGACGGAGCGGGACACAGCUAUGGUCCUGAUGAUCCUAGGGUUACAAAGGCGGUUGCGACGAUCGAUAAAAUGAUCGGUAGGAUCAUCCAGGGGCUGAAGAAGAGGGAGAUCUUCGACGAGGUUCAUGUGAUCUUGCUUGGUGAUCACGGAAUGGUUACUAACUGUGACCUAAAAACAAUUUACAUUGAAGAUUUAGCAGAUUGGGUCAAGAUCCCUGCGGAUUGGAUCAAUGCUUAUAGCCCCGUGCUAGCGAUGAACCCACGCUGGGGGGAAGAUGUGAAGAAUCCAGGAGAGAAGAACGCAGAGCUCGUGGCUAAGAUGAACGAAGCCUUGAGCUCAGGGAAGGUAGAGAACGGAGAGUUUUUGAAGGUUUACUUGAAGGAGAAGUUGCCGAAAAGGCUGCAUUAUUCCGAUAGUUCUAGGAUUCCGCCGAUCAUAGGAAUGGUCGGAGAAGGUCUCGUGGUUAGACAGAACAGAACAGGCGUUCACGAGUGUUACGGAGAUCAUGGAUACGACAACGCAUACUUCUCCAUGAGAUCUAUCUUUAUGGGACAUGGUCCUAGGUUUAGGAAAGGGAAGAAAGUGCCAUCGUUCGAGAAUGUUCAAAUCUACAAUGUUGUUGCUGAGAUUCUUGGACUCCGACCAGCUUCGAACAAUGGUUCUUCUUUGUUCACUAGAAACAUUCUCUCGCCCUUUGGCGAAACAGUGGAGGUUGAGUGAAGCUUCAAAGCCCUUUGCUCAUGAGCAUGAAUAAUAAUUAGCUGAUGAUUAUGUUUUUCUAUUGGUUAAUUAAUCUACGUUUCCCAGCGUCUUAUCUUUUUUUCUUUCUGUAUUGCAUGUGGAAGCGAGUAAUAAAUGAAUAAAUGUUUUCAAAACUGAACCCUAUGCUGAUAAAUUA